AUGAUUUGUGGCGACGUCUCACAACUCGGAAAUAUCCGAGAAGAGGCGAGUAGUAUUCAUCCUGGAGUGGAAGAACUGUUGAAUCAGGAGGUAGCUAAUUACGCAAAGAAAAAGGAUUGUCAGCGACUGAAAACAACAGCAAAUAAGAUCCCAGGUGGGAUUGAUACUUUUAACAGUGCUGAAUCUCAACAUUUGCAAGAUGAACAUGAAAAAUUUGUAUAUGACAUACGUUCAUUAAAGAAAAAAUUGGAGGAUCGAUAUAAUACAAAAUGCAACGCAUUGCAUCUUAUGAAGCCGCCAUGA